CUCAUUGACUCACAUGUGUUCGGUUGAGUUGGGCCAAUCAAAUGGUGUUUUCACACACACGGAAAGACCCUUCAUGUUUGUAGAAGAUGGCGACUGCUGAGCCGGAAACUUCAACAAAUCCAACAAAUUCAGAUGAAGAAAAAAAUGAUGAAAAUAAGCAAGAGAUAGUGAGUCUUGAAGAUUACAUUAAACAUCCUUUGCAAAACAGAUGGGCUCUUUGGUUCUUUAAAAAUGACAAAAGCAAAACAUGGCAAGCUAAUCUUCGUCUCAUCUCAAAGUUUGACACGGUGGAAGACUUCUGGGCGUUAUACAAUCACAUUCAGUUAUCAAGUAACUUAAUGUCAGGAUGUGACUACUCCCUCUUCAAGGAUGGUAUUGAGCCCAUGUGGGAAGAUGAGAGAAACAAGCUGGGCGGCCGCUGGCUGAUCACCCUGUCCAAACAGCAGCGCAGAGCCGACCUGGACCGCUUCUGGUUGGAGACGCUUUUGUGCCUUGUGGGAGAAGCAUUUGAUGACCACAGUGACGACGUCUGUGGAGCUGUCGUCAACAUCCGAACAAAGGGAGACAAAAUAGCGAUAUGGACAACAGACUAUGAGAACAAAGAUGCUAUAGUACACAUAGGGCGUGUGUAUAAGGAAAGAUUAGGUGUGCCUCCGAAAGUCAUCAUUGGAUACCAGUCACAUGCGGACACAGCCACCAAAAGUGGUUCCACCACCAAGAAUAAGUUUGUAGUUUAAGGAGCCUUUUAAACAAUGCUGCAAGAGACUGAAUCUGUAUCAAAUUCAAAUCUUCUUCAGAAGAGACCGACAGAGCAAAACAAAACUGUCCUGGGAUCUGACCUUUCACACAGUGCUGUGGGGGAUAUUAAAGCCCAUCAGAUUUGUAGAUGGAGGGGUUUAAUCAGAGGAAUGUUGUAUUUACAAAACUGUAUAGUGUAUAAAAACAGAGCCCUGUUCUUUUUUUUUUUUUUUUUUUAAUCUCUAUAUACUAUAAACUACUCUUUUGCUGGUGGAGGUAAAAAGUGUAUUCAGUUCAAUUUAUGAAUAUUUUUCUUUCAUAUUCUGUUUGCCUUUUUUAUAUUGGGUUGAAGUUACUAAAUCUUAAGUGUAAUUUAUUUAUUUUUUACUUACACAUUUAAGUUUCUUCUUUGGAUUCAGUGUUUUGAGUGAUUUGGACCGUAAACGGAUCAUGAUAUUUCCAAUUACACUAUUGAUCAAAGACUGUUGUAUAAAUGUGUAUUUUUGCAGUCUUGUUUUACAUUCCUCAUGUGAAAUGUUCAAGGCAGUAUUGAGGAAACUGAUCGCCGGUUCUCACCUUUUCCUAAGGGGUUUAAUUGAGUAGCCUGACUUCUUUGUUACUAAAAAAUUAUAGGACCCCUUUCUUGAAAAUGGGUGCGUAUGAAAAUGAAUGUAAAUAAAAUGUACAGUGCAUUGUCUAUAUCCAGUGAAGAGCCUUUGAAAUGCAUCUGUUGAUGAUAAAUAAAUAAUCUGCUCUGAGA